GAAGACGGAGGGGGCGGUGGCGGCGGCGGUCAAACAAGGUGAAGGUCCGUAGGCCUCGCAGGUCGUAUCCCGGGCGCCGGCGGUCAGAUGACCCAGGUGUGGAUGGCCAGAAUCCCCCAGCCUCCCGGGGACUCCGUUCUAAGCGGGAUGGCUGAGCCAGCGGCGCUAGGACCCCUGGGCAGAGCCUCGGGGAAGGGAGUCAGGGGGGAAGUACCUUACAUGGUGCCCCCGCGGUCACCAUCUGAGCCUGCUGCCCAAAAUAGCCCCCGGCGCCCGCUGGCCUGCCUCAUGGCUGGGAGAUGGCUGCUGCCUCCGACCCCGUGGAAUUGGGUGCGCCCUGGGGCCCCGCGCGCCCCGAGCCCCCUCCCACCCGCUUCCACCCGGUACACGGUGCCAACAUCCGCGUGGACCCCUCCGGGACGCGGGCCACACGCGUGGAGAGCUUCGCCCACGGCGUGUGCUUCAGUCGCGAGCCGCUGGCCCCCGGCCAGGUGUUCCUGGUGGAGAUCGAGGAGAAAGAGCUGGGCUGGUGCGGGCACCUGCGCCUCGGCCUGACUGCGCUGGACCCCGCCAGUCUGGCCGCCGUGCCCGAGUUUUCGCUGCCCGACCUGGUCAGCCUCGGCCACACCUGGGUCUUCGCCAUCACGCGCCAUCACAACCGCGUGCCCCGGGAGGGCCGCCCGGAGGCGGAGGCGCUGGCCCCCAGCUGCCCCCCAGCCCUCCUGGUGGAACCGCAUCUGUGCAUUGAGCAGUUUCGCAUUCCCCGCGACCGCCUGGUGGGCCGCAGCCGUCCCGGGCUGUACAGCCACCUCUUGGACCAGCUCUAUGAGCUGAACAUGCUGCCUCCGACUGCACGUCGGAGCCGCCUGGGCGUUCUCUUCUGCCCGCGCCCCGACGGCACGGCUGACAUGCAUAUCGUCAUCAACGGCGAGGACAUGGGCCCCAGCGCCCGGGGGCUGCCAGCCGCCCAGCCCCUCUACGCGGUGGUGGACGUCUUCGCCUCCACCAAGAGCGUGCGCCUGGUCCAGGUCGAGUAUGGCUUGCCGUCCCUGCAGACCCUGUGCCGCCUAGUGAUCCAGAGGAGUGUGGUGCACCGGCUGGCCAUUGACGGGCUCCACCUGCCCAAAGGACUUAAGGAUUUCUGCAAGUAUGAGUGAAGGCCUGCAGCCACCCUGGAGCAGGGCCACGUGAAUGCAUCCUGGCCCCAGAGGUGUGGCUGCCCUGAAGCUGGCCAUACUGAUACCAGCCAGGAUGGAAAUAAACACAGUCGUUGCUGAUGCUGA